AUGGAGAUGGCAGAAGAUUAUCUUGACUUAGGUAGAACAAUGUAUACUGAUAAUUGGUAUAGUAGCUACGAUUUGGCAAGUGAACUCUUAAACAGAUCUACUAAUUUAGUCGGCACUCUACGUUCAAAUAGAAAAAAUAAUCCUAAAGAAGUGGUCAAUAAGAAAUUGAAAAAAGGAGAGGUAAUUGCGAAACAAUGUAAUAAAGGCAUAACUGUAUUGAAAUGGAAGGACAAGCAUUAUAAUAAAGGCAAAGGGUUAGUUGAUGUAACUGAUCUUAGAAAUUCUUAUCACAGCCCUCUUCGUAAAACUGUAAAAUGGUAUAAAAAAGUUGUUUUUGAAUUACUUUUGAACACAUCAGUUCUCAAUGCAUUAUCAUUAUACGAAGAAAUACGCCAAGAGAAAAUGGACAUAACUGUGUUUAGAGAAAUGCUGGUUAUAAGUUUACUAAAGUCAGAUGAGAUGACUUUGUUUGGAAAUAUUCAAACUGCAAAAUAUCAUGAAUUGGAAAAAGAUAAAUCAAGAGAACGUUGUUUUGCUUGCUAUAAAGAAAUGAUGCUUCAAGGUGGACGCGAUCAUCCUCAAAAGAUAACGAGACAACUUGAAGGCGCUUGGUCUGACCGAACAGACCCACCAAACAAGCUCCUCCGUCUUGGGCCCAUCAUGAAGAGGGGGACCACGGCCUCCUUGUCCAAACUAAGCUCUGGGUUCUGA